AUGUAUUGCAUUGGUACUCAGAAAAAGGUUGAUGUUACCUACAUCAUUUUCAAUCACUUGUGGAAUGCUGUAAGGGACUAUAGAGAUGAGAGCAGAACAAAGAAGAAAGGAAUUGUUAUUCCUUUCGGGAGGAUUAUUACCAAUCUUUUGGUUCAAACCAAGAUGGUUGAAGAACUGGAAACUGCUGGAGUUAUCAAGGAUCCUUACACAAUCAUUGGAAGUACCUUGAAUGCUACUUCUUUGAGGAAAAUGGGUCUAAUUCAAGCUAUUGAAAAUGCUCCUCAGGCUAUUCCAGGUGUUAGAAACAGAAGAGGUCCAAUUCUUUCUGAAUUUGAGAUGUUCUUUCUGAAUGAACAACCAGAUAUUAAGGUUCGUUACCUUAAUCUUCUCAAACAAGAUGGUUCUAUUGAUGUUCCUCUUGGGGUCUGCAAGCAGAAGCUUCCGACUACUAAGGAUGGUAUCGUAGAAGUUUUACCAGAAGCUGCCUCUCAAAAAGAAAGAAGGACAAAGCGUAAGCAAGAUGUUUCUUCUAUCAGUAAGGAGAAGAGAACUGAAGAAAAAGGUGCUGAAGAAAAUAAAGAAGUUGCUGUUGAAAAGGAAAAUACAGAAAAAGAAGAUGUAGUCAUCCAGAAGAAACAGAAGAAGAGUGAGAAAGAGGAUGAUACGAAAAAUGAUGAGAAGGAAGUUGAAAAGAAGAAGAAGAGGAAAAAGACUGAUAAGACGGAUGAUGAGAAGGAAGAUGAGAAGGUUGAAGAGAAGAAGAAAAGUAAGAAAGAUAAGAAUAAGAAGAAAAAGAAAGUAGAAAAGAAGGACGUUGAAGGAGAACAGAAGAAUAAUGAAGAGGAAAAUAAAGAAGAAGCAAGGAAGAAAGAAAUUUUUGCAGGAAAGAAGGUUGAGAUUCAGAAGAAGAGGAAAGAAGUUGAAGCUGAUUCUGAAAGGCCUACCAAGAAAUCUAAAGAAUCUGAGGAUGAAGCAGAAUCAUUGCUCUCUCUUGAUGGAGAACCUGAACCCUACUUCAUUCUGAAUCCAGAUUCUUAUUCUACCCAAUUCAAAACCCCCAAACCUGAACUUUCUGUUGGUGUAAGUUUUGAAUUUCUUAAGCUGAAGGUACAGACAGGACUAGAAGCCCUGAAGGCUGCACAUAAUGCCAGGACGAAUUAUGUUGCUACCAGGAGUCUUUGGAGAGCCUUCAGAAGGGAGAUACAUUCUGACUUUCUGAAGCUUCAGAAAGCUUGUGAAGCUGAAGCUCCUGGUCCUUUUGAACCUGCUGCUCCUACACCUCCAAAGAAUUUGGCUGAAAUUCUUCUGGCCCUUGAAAAUUCAGAAGCUGAAAUACCUUCUCCUGUGUUUGUUGAAGCUGCUUCUGAAUCAGAAGCUGAUGUUGGAAACCAUGAUGCUGAAACUCAAGAUGCUGAAACUCAAGAUGCUCAGAAUCAUCCUGCUAUGCAACAUCCUCUUAAGGAAAAUCAAGCCGAUGUUCUCAUGCUCGAUGCUGCUGCUGAGACUCCUCUUCUGGACAAUAGCUUUGAUGCUUCUUCUACUGGACCUUCUAUUUUGAUGAACACCAUGAAGGCUCUUCACCAGAAUCAAGAUGAUCUUGCUUCUCAAUCUAUCAAGAAUGCUCUGAUACAUGCUAUUCAUUAA